AUGUCAUUAGUAGUGUGCGGCGAGGUGGAGGCGCUGGACAUCGUGCUGAGCGCGGGCGCGCCCGCGUCCUCGGCGGACGUGCACGGCGGCUUCCCCGUGCACUACGCGGCGCAGAUGUGCGGCCCGCACUCCGAGAUGGGCAACGACGUGCGCUUCGGGCUGGCCGUGCUGCGCCGCCUGCUGCAGGCGCCCGGCCUCGACGUCAACGUGCGCGACCGCGACGGCCGCCAGCCCAUCUUGUGGGCCGCCAGCGCGGGCAGCGCCGACGCCAUCCUGGCCCUGGUCAACGCGGGCGCCAACGUCGAAGCCGAGGACAAGGACGGCCUCACAGGCGUGGGCGUGGGCAGCCAGCAGCGCCCCCAGUCACGCGAGGACACCGCCUCGGCUGCGGCACCGCCAUUCUGGGAGUACGGCGCCGCCGUUAUUGGGCAGAGUCCGACGGAAUGGCGGCUGUUGCAACCUCCACUGCUCUUUCGCCGAGUUCUGUCGGUCGACGUCAUGGACAGCCACGGCUGCACGGCGCUCUUCUACGCCGCCACGCUGGGACACGCCGACGCCACGCGCCUGCUGCUCGGCCACGGCGCCGACCCCAACCGCCAGGACCGCAAGGGCCGCACGCCGGCGCACUGCGGCGCGGCCAAGGGCCAGCUGGAGACGCUGCGGCUGCUGGCGGCGCACGGCGCCUCGCUGUGGCUGCGCAACGUGCGGGGGGACCUGCCGGUGCACGAGGCCGUCGCCUCGGGCCGCACGGAGCUGGUGCGCUGGCUGCUGGGCCGCCGCCCCGACGCCGCCGACGUGGUGAUGGACCACGGGGCGCUGCUGAACCCGGUGAUGCGCAGCGGGCGCGGCGCCAUGCUGACGCCCCUGGACGCGGCACUGCACCGCGGCAACCGGGGUGUCGCCAAGUACCUGCAGCUGCACGGCGGCGUGCCGGCCGCCAGGCUCACCGACAAGGCGGCCAGGCUGCGCGGCGCCACGCAGCAGCACAGGUAA